CAACGAUGAAUAUCUCGGUAGGUGUCUCUGUGCUUUUCCUUUUGACAUUGUACUUCAGGAACAUCUCCACUCACGAAUUAGAGAAAAGCAAAGAGGAUGAAAGCAAAUACUCAGCACCAGUUUGGUUCGGACCUAGAGUGGGCAGAAAGAAGCGAGGAUUUCUCGAUGAAGAAUAUAAGAAUAUUGAUAAACAAGAAUUGGAAGCUUUAUUGGAACUGAUUAAGAAGAAUCCCUGGACCAUUAUGUUGUUUAGUAAUGGAAAGGGUCGUCUUUUGAAUUUUAACCCAAAAGAUAGCAGCUUGGAGGGACUCAGUGAAGACGAAAUAACGGAAAUAGUCCAAAGGUCCAUGUUUGCACCCCGGUUAGGAAGAUCAGCGUUUUUCCCGAGAUUGGGAAGGGACAACGAGAUGGAAUAA